AUGACGAUUUCUUCUGCUGGAAUACUCCCUCAUGAAAUCAUACUGGAAAUUGUGUCAUGGCUUCCUGUGACGAGUCUCGUGCGAUUCAGGUGCUUUUCAAAGACAUGGAAAUUUCUUAUAUCCGAUCCUUACUUGGUGAAAUUGCACCUUGAAAGGUCUUCCAGAAACCCACAAAUCCUCUUACUGGCCAGACAGAGAUACAAGAGUCAAUGUUUCAUGGCUCGUUUACGCUCUUUACCUUGUUUAAUCCAAAAGCCUGCACCAUCUUCUUGUGGUCGUAUCUUGCGAUGUCCCAAACCCUAUAAAUAUUUAUUCGGUUCUUGCAAUGGUUUGCUUUCUCUACAUCACUCUCUUUCAACAAAUGAGUGUGAAGAGCACUGGGUCUGCUUUUGGAACCCCGCCACCAAGAUUUGCUCCAGACCUUCACCAAGCUUGCGUCUUAAUUAUGGCAUUGGUGUUCAAUAUGAUAUAAAUUUUGGGUUUGGGUACGAUGAUCGGAGGGACAGUUACAAGGUGGUGGCAAUGGUUUUGGAUUGCAGUACACAACGAACGAGUGUGUGGGUUUACUGCAUGGGUGACGUAUGCUGGAGACGUACUAUAACGACCUCUCCAGCUUUUCUCACUUUUGAAAAUAAUGGAUACUCUCUGAAUGGUACUGUUAACUGGAUAGGAUAUUCUUUUGAAGAAUCGAAAUUUGAGGAGCCACAAAUAUUUUUGUACGAUCUAAAGAACGAUAGUUGCAGAUAUUUGUUGGUGCCUGAAACUAAAGCUUCUGAUUUUACUUCUAUGUGA